AUGGUGCUCUUCCUCCGUCCAAACCUCAAGUUUCUGCCUCCUGCGAAACGCGACAGGCCUGUUCGGGAACGAGAGCUUGAAGAGGCAGAGAUAAAGGCACACGCGGCCAGAAUCUCCCAUCAAAAAAGGAAAUGGGCAAAACUGCAACAGCAGUUGCUACAAAAGGAGGGGCUACAGGGGUAUGCCGCACCACGAGUUCAUGGCGGGCAACAACCCAGCCGUCGGGCUCCAGCACCAUAUCGCGAGAUCAUCUUCGUCCUUCAUGGCUCGUCUGAUCCAUUCAACGCCUGCCCCGUCAAAAUCACGCCGGAGGUCAACCGUAUCCUCACAUAUACACGAGACGUCAUGCUUCCGAAUAUCUUCAGCCCGCCGUUUUUCCGACGACUGACCGUGGGAGGACCCAAGAUCGUCAACUUUGAGAAUGCGAAGAAAGUCAUCGGAGGGCCCAGCUUUCUACUCAGCAUGAAGGGAUUCCGAGACAUGAAUGAGGGUGCUGCUCUUGCGUGGUUAUGCGGCCACAUUCCCGGCAUCGUGCGACUCAAUUCUCCACAAAGCACACAGCAGCUUUCGACAGCGAGGCUCAAAAUGCGAGCCAAAAGUCUCAAGUUGCUGCGCGAGCACCUCGCCUCGCAUGCACAAACGUCACCCGAGUCAAUGGCCGCGCUCAGACUACAUAUUCGCUGUCUCUUCGAGACUGAGUGUAUGGCAGGGGACACGAUGGCAGCCAAAGCCCAUGCAGACAUCCUUCUGCGUCUCCCCGACCCUCUUACCGACGAGGUAGAGCGUGCUCAGCACUUAUUAGUCAUGAUGUUCGAUGCUACCGAGCUGGCAUGCAAGAAGCUGGAAAGGACAGUUUUGCCUUUCGGGAGCUGGACAGCAAAAGCGCAUGCAAGGCUCUGGGCCAUGGCCUCUCAAUUUGUCCCGAUCCCUCCUGUUUAUGUCCACAACGCUCAUUCGUGUGUGGAGAUUCCGGAGCAUCGUGAGGCGAUGAUCACGUUGAGAUACUGCUUGUGGAUUGCCGAAACCCCGUUGCCGUUCGGAACUUCUGAAGAGAGGCUCAAGGCUGAUAUGAUCUUUGCCUGGAUUGCGACCAAAACGUUUCAUGAUCUGGGAAAUUUGAUCAAUUUGUAUGUGGAUAUCAUGGAGGGCAAAAUUCUUUUCAACUCCGAAGGCCACCGGCUCACGCAAGCAUGUAUGGUUCUCACACUGGUUUAUGAAAGCCGGAAACGUGUGCACGAGGCCAUCAUAGAGGAUGGAGCCGACAUUCGCGAGGCUUCCAAUGUCAUCAUGCCUCGAUUGGCGCAAGACAUGGCGACGGCCAUGGAGAUGAUGAGUCCAGUCGAAUGUGUCCACUAUCAAGAAGCGUACCUGUGGAUGCUCUAUGCUGGUGCGCUGCACGAGCAACGGCAGCAAAGCAAGAUGCGAUGGACCAGUUUCAACCCGAAAGUUGAGUCUACAGAGAAACCGUGGUUCACAACGACCCUAGCAAAGCACGCCGAUCAGAUGAAUGUCACCACCUGGGCGGAGGCAAAAGCCAUCCUACGGCAGUUUUUGUAUGAUGAUCAUCUGGAGCCGGACGGGCACCUGUGGUUCGAAGAUGUUGUGCGCGUGCCAGCAGAGCCUAUAAAGAGCGAAGACGAAAAACAACCACAAACAGGGAUGGCUAUACGCUAA